AGGGGGCGGAGCUCGAUGGCAGCCGGUGAAGAACGAUUCAGGAAACGGAGGACAUUUGUGGCGAUUCUAGCAUUGUCAUAAGCUGCGGGAAUGAAUAUUCUUCCUAAGAAGUCGUGGCAUGUUCGCAACAAAGACAAUGUGGCUCGCGUACGCCGGGACGAAGCAGAGGCUGAAGUUCAGCGACAAAAGAGGGAGGCCCGAGUCCUAUUAGCUGAACAGGAGGCCCGGACUGAACUGUUACGGAAGAAAGCACGUCUGUCAGCUCCAGGAGGUGAUAAGAGUGGCUCAGACCUUAUUUCUUUGGAUUCAGAAAAGCCCUCAGGACAUCUUAACCUCUUUCAGGGGUUGCAAGAGGUCGGCAACAAAGAAUACGAGGAGGAGAAGAAGCAGGAAAAGGAACGAAAGGAAAAAGCUCUAGGUAUCCUGACUUACUUGGGCCAAAGUGCGGCAGAGUCUCAGACCUCUGCUCCCUGGUACCAGGAGCUGCCAGAUCGGAGCAAAGCCAUUGCCAAGGAUGAGAAACUUAAGGGAAGGCUGGACCCCCUGGCUGAGAUGGGGAAAUAUUUAUACAAGAAGAAGUCCUCUCAUAAAAAGGAAGAAAAGAAAGAAAAAGGAAAACCAAAGCACAAAGAAAGCAAAGGGAACCUAGCACUUAGGCCUCCAUCUUCUUCCACAUCAUGCUCUCUAGAACAGCUCCGCCAGGAGAGGUUGCAGCGUGAGCAGGCAGAACGAGCUCGAACGGAAUCUCUUCUUGCCCAGAGAUCUGGAAUGGGUCCACUCCGGGAGGAAGAAGAGGAAAUGGAUGAAAGGAAACGUGGCUACAAUUCACAGUUCAACCCUCAGCUGGCAAGAAAGAGAGUAGUGAGAGACAGUCGAAUUGAGUGGGUGUAAAGCAGGAAAUCUGGUUAGUCAAACCCAAUUCCUUCAGCUGAAAAUGUUCAGUGCAAAAUGCUUCAUAGAAUUCCUGGCCAAAAAUGUCUUUGUCAUAUAGCCUCUAGGACAGCUUUUACUCAAUUAUUAUCAGUCCUUGGAACACAAUAUUGAGCAGGAAAAUCAGCCAAGCAAUUAAUAAAUCUAUUUUUGCUGUUUGCCUUGAAUUGCCAGAAAAUAGAUAAAAGCUGGAUUGAUAAAGGAUACCAUUUCCUGAUCCAGUAACUUGCCUAAAUUUUUAUAGCUUUCCUGAAGGAAAAUAAAAAAGUUUUUAAAAGGCAUCACGUGGAUGAUUCUGAAUUUAAUUUUAAAAGUCAGAAGUAGCAGCAGCAGCAAACCCAUCUCACGCAGUAUGGAGAACUGAGGCAGUGCCAUGUACAUCUGUCUCAAAAUAUUAAUUUACUGCCCUAAGAGAUGGACCAAGGUAUUAAUUAAAAGCACCAAACCUGGGAUACACUGAGUUCUUCAAGAACGAAUGGUGGAAGAUCCUGGAGGGAUCAUUCUUCCGUUUUUUUGUACGUGGUCCAGUUAGUUAAGAAAAUUAGUAUUGCCAGUUUCCUGCUGUUGUAAUUCAGUGCUCGUCUUUGUAUGUGAUCUUCUGCCAUUAGGGAAAUGAGCACAAGAAUGAUUUUGGACCACUAUGAAGAUUUAUCCCUAUAAUAAGAGCAUUUUGUAAUGUUAUAUUCUCUAGAUCAGGGCUUUUCAACCUUUUCACCCAUUG